AAUAUCCUAGCAACCUUAUAGAAUGGCCCCAGCAGAAUUAAUUGAAUUGAAAAAGCAGUUGCAAGAGCUUCUUGACAAGGGGUUCAUUAGACUUAGUACUUCUCCCUGGGGUGCUCCGGUUCUGUUUGUGAAAAAGAAAGAUGGCUCACUUAGAUUGUGCAUUGACUAUAGACGGUUGAAUCAAGUCACCGUCAUGAAUAAAUAUCCUUUGUCAAGGAUUGAUGAUUUGUUUGAUCAGUUACAAGGGGCUCGUGUCUUUUCCAAAAUUGAUCUUAGAUCGGGUUAUUAUCAAUUAAAGGUUAAACCCGAGGAUGUGAUGAAGACUGCUUUUAGGAGCAGAUAUUGGCACUACGAGUUCCUGCUAAUGCCGUUUGGUUUAACCAAUGCCCCUGCAGCUUUUAUGGAUCUUAUGAAUAGGAUCUUUCAGUUGUACUUAGAUAAGUUUGUCAUUGUCUUCAUUGAUGACAUUCUUAUCUUUUCUCCUGAUGAAGAGAGCCACAAGGAGCAUCUUGCCAUUGUAUUGCAGAUUUUGCGAGAAAAGAAGUUAUAUGCCAAGUUUGAUAAGUGUGAGUUUUGGCUGAAUCAGAUUAGUUUUCUGGGUCAUAUUGUUUUGAAGGACGGCAUAUCAGUUGAUCCUCGUAAAGUGGAAGCAGUUGUGAAGUGGGAAAGGCUGACUAGUGUCACUGAAGUGUGGAGUUUUCUUGGACUAGCAGGAUAUUAUCGAAGGUUUGUGGAGGGAUAUUCAAAGAUUUCUAGUCCGUUAACACAACUUACUCGUAAGAAUCAGAAGUUUGAAUGGACAGAUAAAUGUGAGCAAAGCUUUCAAGAAUUGAAGAACAGAUUGGUUACAGCACCAAUUCUUGCUAUUCCCGACAAUGGAGGAAACUUUGUGGUAUAUACCGAUGCUUCUCACAAAGGCUUGGGUUGUGUACUUAUGCAACAUGGAUGGGUGAUAGCUUAUGGGUCUAGACAGCUCAAGACACAUGAGAGGAAUUACCCUACACAUGAUUUAGAACUUGCUACCAUAAUUUUUGCACUCAAGUUGUGGAGGCACUAUUUGUAUGGAGAAGAAUUUGAGGGAAAUGUGGUUGCAAAUGCACUUAGCAGAAAAUCGACUGGCACUUUAGCAAGCUUAAUGGUGAUGGAGUGGAAACUCCUAGAAGAAUUCAAGAAUUUGAAUGUCAGAUUUUUGCCACCAAAGUCUGAUGUACUAGUGUCUAGUCUGAUGGUUCAACCUACAUUGCUGUCAAAGAUCAAGGAAGCACAACAGAAAGAUUCAAGAUUAAUGGAGUGGAUGAAGGACAGUGGAAAAAGCUCCAAAAUGGGUCUUCAUAUUUCGGAUGAUGGAAUCAUAAGACUUGGAGAUAGAAUUUGUGUUCCUUAUGAUGAAGGGUUGAGGACGGAAUUGCUCCAAGAAGUACACAAGUCCAAUUAUACCAUUCAUCCUGGGAGUACCAAAAUGUAUCAUGACUUGAAAGAGACAUUCUGGUGGAAAAGCAUGAAGAAGGAUGUGGCUAAAUAUGUGUCCAAAUGCUUGACUUGUCAAGUGGUAAAAGCAGAACACCAGAAGCCAGAAGGGCAACUUCAACCUUUGCUUAUACCAGAGUGGAAGUGGGAAGCCAUCUCAAUGGACUUCAUUGUUGGAUUGCCAAAGGCGAGAAGGCAAUUUGAUGCAAUUUGGGUGAUUGUGGACAGAUUAACAAAGUCAGCUCACUUUUUGGCCAUAAAACAAAAAGACCCAUUAGACAAGUUGGCCAAGCUGUAUGUUCAGGAGGUUGUUAAACUCCAUGGGAUCCCAGUGAACAUUGUAUCAGACAGAGAUCCAAGGUUUACUGCGAGAUUUUGGAGAUCUUUUCAGAAAGCCAUAGGAACUCAAUUGAAAUUAAGCACAGCAUACCACCCACAAACCGAUGGGCAGUCUGAGAGGACUAUUCAAGUGCUCGAAGACAUGUUAAGAGCUUGUGCAUUAGAUUUGCCUGAGAGUUGGGAUGAUCAUCUUCCAUUGGCAGAGUUUGCUUAUAAUAAUAGCUAUCAUUCCAGUAUCAAAAUGGCACCUUAUGAGGCUCUUUAUGGUAGGAGAUGUAGAACUCCAAUUUGUUGGGCAGAAGUUGGUUAUGGAAGGGUAAUAGGGCCUGAUUUUGUGCAGCAAACAACAAAAAAGGUGAAAUUAAUUCAACAGAGGCUUAAAAUGGCUCAAGACAAACAAAAGAGUUAUGCAGACAAUAGAAGGAGACCUCUGGAAUUUGAAGUUGGAGAUCAUGUAUUUUUGAAGGUGUCACCAACUAAAGGAGUGUAUUGGUUUGGUUUGAAAGGAAAACUCAGUCCGAGGUACAUUGGCCCGUUUGAGAUUCUUGAAAGGGUAGGUGAAGUGGCUUAUAGAAUUGCAUUGCCUCCAGAAUUGUCAAAUGUGCAUAAUGUAUUUCAUGUGUCGGUUUUGAGGAAGUAUGAGCCGGAUCCUUCACAUGUCAUAAACUAUGAACCAUUAGAGUUGAAGGAAGAUUUGAGUUGCACCGAACAGCCAAUACAGAUUUUGGAUAGAAAAGAAAAAGUUUUGAGGAACAAGACUGUGUCCUUAGUGAAAGUGUUGUGGCGGCAUCAUUCUGAGAAUGAAGCUACAUGGGAACUUGAAAAUCAGAUGAGGGGACAGUAUCCAAAUCUAUUUUGAUCAACCUUUCAGAAGUUGCACCAAGAGUCGGGGAUAGCAUGUCUCCUACUAUUAUCCAAAGUAAAUGAUGCCACUUGCCCUUUUCUAGAAGAAAUUCGAUCUCUCCUUGAAGAAUUUUCUGAUGUUGUUCUUGACGAGAUCCCUCUUGGAUUACCACCAAUGAGAGACAUUCAGCAUGCCAUUGAUUUCAUCCCAAGAUCUGUCAUCCCAAACAAGCUUGCCUAUCGGAUGAACCGUCAAGAGUAUGCGGAACUUCAACGACAAGUCAAAGAACUGAUGGAGAAAGGACUUGUCAAGGAAAGUGUUAGCCCAUGUGCCGUGCCUGUGCUACUCAUCCCAAAGAAAAAUGGAACUUGGAGAAUGGGUGUAGAUAGUCGAGCAAUCAACAAAAUCACUAUCAAGUACCGCUUCCCAAUUCCACGCCUUGAUGAUAUGCUUGAUCAACUGCAUGGAGCUACUGUCUUCUCAAAGAUUGAUUUGAGAAGUGGAUAUCACCAGAUUCGAAUGCGUCCCGGUGAUGAAUGGAAGACAGCAUUCAAAACUAGAGAUGGUUUAUACGAGUGGACGGUCAUGCCAUUCGGAUUGUCUAAUACUCCCAGCACUUUCAUGCGUCUUAUGAACCAGGUAUUUCGACUCUUCAUUGGGAAAUUUGUUGUGGUUUACUUUGAUGAUAUCCUGAAAUGUUCAUUCCUCACUACAAGUGUGACAUUUCUUGGAUACAUCAUCACUGCUCAAGGUAUUAAGAUGGACCCCAAUAAGAUUGAUGCUAUUGUCAACUGGCCUACACUAACAUCGAUGCAUGAUGUUCGAAGCUUCCAUGGCCUGGCAUCUUUUUAUCGGAGAUUCAUCAAGAAUUUUAGUUCUAUUGUUGCCCCAAUCACUGACAGCCUUAAGGGUGACAAAUUUUCAUGGAAUGGCAAAGCCCAACAGAGUUUUGAAGAAUUAAAGAGGAAGCUCACUGAAACCUCUAUACUUGCACUUCCCAACUUUGACUUGAUGUUUGAAGUAGAUUGUGAUGAUUCUAAUGUUGGAAUUGGUGCAAUGUUAAGUCAAGAAGGUCGACCCAUUGCCUUCUUUAGUGAAAAGUUGAAUGACACAAAGCUCAGAUAUUCCACCUAUGACAAAGAAUUCUAUGCAAUUCACCUGAAUUCCCAACAGAAGAUCAGUCGUCGACAUGCUACGUGGAGUGAAUUUCUACAAGCUUAUCCUUUCCUCCUCAAAUACAAAUCUGGAGUCCAAAAUUGUGUAGCUGAUGCUCUGAGUCACCGACAUGCCUUGCUUACUUCCUUACAGAUGAAAGUCAUUGGAUUUGAAGUGAUCAAGGAGUUGUAUGAGGAUGAUCCUGAUUUGAGCAACACUUGGCAAGCCACUUCUAAUCAAGCCUUUCAGCAAUAUCAUCACCAGCAAGAUUACCUCUUCAAGGCUGGUCAUUUUGGGAGAGACAAGACUUUAGCUCUUGUUAAAGAAAGCUUUUACUGGCCAAAGUUGGAGCAGAAUGUCAUUCGUCACAUUCAAAGAUGCAAAGUUUGUCACCAAGCCAAGACAAUCAAUCAUAACACAGGGUUGUAUCUGCCAUUGCCUAUCCCAACAUCACCUUGGGAAGAUGUUAGUAUGGAUUUUGUCCUUGGUCUACCACGAACUCAACGAAGCAAGGAUUCUAUCAUGGUCGUGGUUGACAAAUUUUCUAAAAUGGCUCACUUUAUUGCUUGUCAAAAAACUAAUGAUGCUUCUCUCAUUGCUGAGUUAUAUUUUAGAGAGAUUGUGCGUCUACAUGGAGUUCCAAAGACUAUAACUUCAGAUAGAGAUGUGAAGUUCAUGAGUCAUUUUUGGAGGACUUUAUGGAGAAAGAUGGGCACUCAACUCCAGUUUAGUUAUGCUAGCCAUCCCCAAACCGAUGGGCAAACUGAAGCUAUCAAUAAGAUUUUGGGGAAUCUACUACGAAGUUUUGUGGGAAAGAAUUUGUGACAAUGGGAUCUUGUGCUUGCCCAAGCUGAGUUUGCCUACAACAACUCUUCGAAUCAAGCUACGGGAAAAUGCCCAUUUGAAGUAGUAUAUGGAGUGCGUCCUCUCAGUCCUUUAGAUCUUGCUCCAUUGCCCACAUCCUGACAAUUUAGUGCAGAUGCUGAACAACGAGCUAAGGAGAUCAAGAAACUUCAUGAAGAAGU